UUCGGUGUGGUGGCCGAUUUACCAAUUUUCCCUUUCUAAUUGCUGAAUAUAGGCGGGAACUCGCUUGCAAUAAGAAAUCAUAACCAAAAAUGAGUGUCGAGGAAGAUGUUAUGAAAAUACAAAAGAAAUUAAUUAAAAUGACAUCGGAUGAUGGCACCGGCCAAGAAGAAGCUUUAGAGCUUUUAAAAACACUGCAAACUAUGGCUAUAAACUUGGACGUACUGACCAAAACAAGAAUAGGUAUGACAGUAAACGCUUUGCGUAAGUCAAGUAAGGAUGAAGAAGUCAUUUCUUUGUGUAAAACUCUGAUAAAAAAUUGGAAGAAGUUUCUAUCAACACCAACUACACCAUCAAAAGAUAAUGGAGGCUCAUCAAAAUCCAAAAAGGAAGGUAAAGAUAAAGAAAAGAAAGAUGAUAAAGAGAAAGAUAAGAAAUUACCUGCAUCUUUCCCCCCACAGUCAAACACAACUGAUGCUGUACGGCUAAAGUGUCGUGAACUCCUGACUCAAGCUAUGAAAGUUGAUGGUGAGAAUCCUAAUGCUUGUGCUUCACCUGAGGAACUUGCAGAGGAACUUGAGGAAUGUAUCUAUGCUGAAUUCAAGAACACUGAUAUGAGAUAUAAAAACAGGGUGCGAUCUCGUGUGGCAAACUUGAAAGAUCCAAAGAAUCCUACUUUAAGAACAAAUUACCUUAAUGGUGUGAUCUCAGCAUCGAGACUUGCAAAAAUGACCCCUGAGGAGAUGGCCAGUGAUGAAAUGAAAAAAUUGAGAGAGAAAUUUAUUAAAGAGGCUAUUGAUGAUGCUCAAUUAGCUACAGUGCAGGGAACCAAAACUGAAAUGCUUAAAUGUGGUAAAUGUAAAAAGAAGAAUUGUACAUACAACCAGCUACAAACCAGGAGUUCUGAUGAACCCAUGACCACAUUUGUUCUUUGCAACGAAUGUGGCAAUCGUUGGAAAUUCUGCUAAGACUGCUUUUAAAGCCUAGUUUAAAAUUAGUGUGUCUAUCUUUAUGACAGAUACCAUAUUGUAUCAAGUUAAUGUAAUACCAUUUACUAAGAUGAAUUAAGAUAUUUUGUUCAGCUGUUAACUGCAUUGACCUUUCUCUACUGUCAUUGGAUGUGGAAUUGUUUUAAGUAGUGGAGGUUUCCUAAGUUUUACAUAAUAAAUUAA